CUCUCUGCUUUCUGAUGUUCAAUGUUUUGGUUGAAUAUGGUAGCAUGGUAUUUUGAGCUUGAUGUUGAGUGUACUGUCAUGGUCUAUUACAGCUCAGUGCUUUAUGUUCAAUACUUUGUUGUGGUGAUACUGCUCAGUGUUAUGGAGAUUGGACAUGGCUACAGAUACACUUAUUUUACAAUACAACUGGAUUCAAACUGUUUAUGUGGUUUGGCCUUUAUGGUUCUCUGAUGUAGAAAAAAAUAUAUAUGUCCUUGUACUGUAGCAAAGCACAGGCUUCUCCCCUCUAUUCAAAUAGAGGGGCUCUAUAGGCGCAUAUUGGCGUUUCUUCAUAAAAUAGGGAUGUUAAGCCCAACUCAAACUCACCUUUCUCACCUCUCAGUUCCAGCACCCCACAGAGCAGUACCCCCCUCUGAAGUUUGGCACGGUGCCCAACGGGAGUACAGAGAAGAACAUCCGCAGUAACUACCCUGGCAUGCACCAUUACAUGGUCAAAUAUAACCAGAGAGGGGUGGAGGACGCCAUUAACAACCUCAAGACUGGGAAGUUGGAUGCCUUUAUCUACGAUGCAGCUGUGUUGAACUACAUGGCCAGGAAAGACGAGGGUUGUAAGGUGAUGACCAUAGGCUCUGGGAAGGUAUUUGCCACCACAGGCUACGGUAUCGCCCUGCACAAGAACUCCCGCUGGAAACGCCCCCUCGACCUGGCCCUGCUGCAGCUGGUGGGAGACGAUGAGAUUGAGAUGCUGGAGCGUCUGUGGCUGUCUGGUAUCUGUCACAAUGAUAAGAUUGAAGUGAUGAGCAGUAAGCUGGACAUAGACAACAUGGCGGGUGUCUUCUACAUGCUGCUGGUGGCUAUGGGGCUCAGUCUGCUGGUAUUUGCCUGGGAGCACCUGGUCUACUGGAGGCUCAGACACUGCAUGGCUACCAGCUCUGGGAGACUGGACUUCCUACUGGCCAUCAGUAGGGGCAUGUACAGUUGUUGUAGCUUUGAGGAUGAAACCACGCCGGGCGGGGCCAAAUCCUCCAUGGCUAUGCUACCCCACCAUCACGGCCCUAUGGUAACAAUCUCGCCCCCGCCACACUUGGUCAGUGCGUCAUCAACCAACUCGGCCCUGACCAUGGCGCAGCAGCAACAGUCACAGCCCGUCUACAAAACACAACUACCUGGAUCCCCUCCCACCGUGGUGCAUUCUGGGACGGCGCUGGGGCCCUCCAACACUCCCAUGCUGGGGGCGCCCCUGCCCUGCUCCACAUUCCUCCCCCGGCCCGAUCGCAGACUGGCUGUGGUGGACCGCUGGAGGCUGCCCAAGGCCGGGACCGCCACCAACCCCAUGGCUGUCCGCGGGGCCGUCGCAGACAAGGGGCCCUUCUCCCAGAAAGUGGCUCCGACCUGGGGCACGACAGCUGGAGGAGUGGGGGUUGGUGGUGGUGGUGGUAGUGGGGGGCUGGAUGGAUAUAAACGCUACUAUGGACCCAUCGACCCUGAGGGUCUGGGGCCCUGUAUGGACCAGCCGGCAGGGUCCCAGACCCCCAAAACAGCCCCCAGGAGCCACCCUCAACCCCCUCCUGCCACUGUGGCCUUCUACUCAGAGAAAGGUCCUGACCAGGGGGUGGGGAAGAGGGUGGUGGGAGCUGGUGGUGCUGGGUGUCAGGGGAAGGGAGGGGUCAAACCUUUGGGGACGCCUCGGCUGCCUCCUAAAAGCCAAGCCAUGAGCGUGACCCCAGUCCCUCUGCCCACUAACCCCCUGCUGCCACAACCGUCCCCCCCUCUCCCCUCAUCCUUUUGGAGGAAGCGCCGGCCCAAGAAGCCCAAAGAGCCAGGCGGGCCUCUGUACGAGAACAUCCUACCACUGGGGCGCAGGGGAGGAGGAAGGGAUGGAGCCAGGGACGGUGGAGGGAGGAGGGGACAUCCCCUCUCUCCUCCUCUCCCGCUCCCCGUAACCAUGCCCAUGUCCCCCACCUACACUCCCCCUUCCCCCUCCACCUCACUUCCCUACACCAGCUCAACUUCCUCCUCUUCCUCUAACACAUCGUCCACCUCUUCCUCUACCUCCUCCUCUCGCUCCUCCUCUCCUUCCUCCUCCUCCUCCUUGACCUCUCAGAGCACGCGGGAAGGUUUGGACGCAGAGGAGGAUGAUGAGGAUGAGGAGCUGACAGAGGAGUCCAGUCUUCUCCUGGGGAGGGGGAGGGACAGACAGCGUUCAAUUAUCUCCUCUCGCUCUCUCAGUCACGGGCGCCAGCCACCACCUAUACCACCCCGAAAACCACGCCCUGCCCGAGGGGAGAGAGACAGGGAGAGGGAGAGAGGAGGUAGCCAGUUGGCCCAGUUACAGGAGUGGUGGGCGGGCUGGGGUGAGAGAGAGAGGGAUCGCAGUGGAGGAGGAGAUGACGAGAGGAAACGAGAGAAGAAGAGGAGGAAAGAUAAAGAGAAGAAGAAAAAGAAGAAGAAGAGGAAAAAGAGGGAGGAGAGGGAACGAGAGAGAGACAAAGAGAGGAAGAGACGGAAGGUGAAAAAGAAGCGGAAGAAGAAGGCGCUGAAGACGAAGAAGAGGAAGAAAUCGACUGGGCGUUCCGAGCAAGAAGAGGGGGAUGUGGAGGCAGAUAGGGAGGGAGAGGGGGAUGGAGGGAGAGAAGGAGGGAUGCCUUCCUUUCCAACCCAGUAUCGUAGUACGUUUGGGGAGAAAGGGAGAGAUUCAGCAUGGGCAGGAGAGAGGGAGCGAGGAAGGAGGGAUGGAGAAGAGGAAGAGGGGGGUGAUAGAGAGGAGGAUAGCAGCAGGAGCAGGGAGAGGCGGUCCAAAUCAUCCCGUUCCCACUCCAGACAUCGACCCCCCAGUAAGCGCUACCCCAAACUCCCCGCCUCGGUCAAGUUCUGGGUCAGCGGAGGAAACGGGGAAGGGGGGGACCCCAACUCUGGAACACACCCCUCAUCCCUCCCUCCCCUCAUCCCACUCUCCAAGAGGCGGAGGAGUAGAGGGGUGGAGAGAAGGGAGGGAGGGAGAGAAGGAGAGAAGAGGCCUCUGUUGAUGCACUAUGAGAAAGACAGGGCUAACACCCAGGAGGGGCUCUCCUUCCAUGAGUGGGACUCUGAGGAGGAUGAUGAGGAAGAUGUGGAGGAGGAGAGGCAGAGAGACAGAGCGAGGGAACGGGUGAAGGAGAGGGUGAGGAGGGCGGGUGGGAGAGGUGCUGUGUCAGAGUCAGAAAGAGACAGGGCGAGAGCAGAGGAGAGUUACUCUGAUGAGGGCUCAUCAGGGGAGUUUGGGCGAUUUGAGAGGUAUUGGGAGGGGAGGGAGGGGAGGGAGGGGAGUGGGGGGGCUGGAGGUCCAGGGAAUAGUGGGAUAGGGGGGAUAGGGGGAGGGAGCUGGUUUUUCGGCACAUACCCCUCCAGAGAGAAAGGGGGCAGCAUCAACAGCAGAGACGACUCUAUACUAGGGCGAGUGGAGGGCAGGGGCAGGGCGGGGGGAGAUUCUUGGGGUUCAGGGCCAGGAGUAGGGUGGGCGUCAGGGGGAGGGAGUGGAGGUCUGGGGUCCCAGUGGCCCCCCCCUCCAGCAAACCUCCCGCCCCCCCGACGGUACUGGUCUGUGGACAAACUCCCAAUGAAGGGAGAGAAGAAGUGGAAAAGGGGAGGAAGGGGGAAGGGCAAGGGACGCGCUCGAGACAGAAACCAGGGGUCUGGGGUGUCAUGUUCAUGUAGCCAGUACCCCCACCCCCAUGUGCACCCGCACCCCCAAGGGCGGUCACACGGCCAUGGGAAGAGAGGAAGCACGGCCCUGUCCCACAGCCAGGAGGAGCUGCUCCCCCACUGCCACAGCUUCAGCGGGGGCUCACGGCCCAAACCCCCUCCCAAACCAGACCAGGGCCAGGCCAAGUCAGGCAGCCAGGCAAGCCUCAGCACACAGCAGCCAGGAGGGAUAGUGGACCACCCCCCUCAGCCCUCCCUCUCGCCCCCUCAACCCCUACCUAGUGCCCCUUCCUCAUCCUCCUCCCUGCCGGUGCCCAUCCCUCCUCCUCCCUCCUCGUCCUCUGCCUCGGCCAGUGCUAAGCUCCUGUACCAGAGACUACGGUCAGUGCCUCAGCCCGGGCGCUUCUACUCCCCCCACCUGCCACUCAAGGCCAAGAGCCUAUGCUCCCGACGAGGCUCCGCCCAUUUCUCCAGCCUGGAGAGCGAGGUAUGA